AUGGUGCCAGUCAAUGGAUACGUCAAUAACACCAACUUUAGUGCGGAUAGCAUACGAUGGUUGGAUUUCGUGUCCGAAACCACAGGACAGCAAAUACAGCACGCGUUGAAUGCUAAAGGAGAGAAGAAAAUAGCCGGAAUAUCCGUGGAUGGUUUUUGCGAAGCAACGAAAACUGUGUAUCAAUAUCAUGUUAACAAAUACUGUCAGUACCCAAUAGGCCAUCCAGAUAUAAUCACCGAAGGGUUUGGGGACAUAGAACAGUACUUCGGCAUAGUUAAAUGCAGGGUUGUGGCACCCCGUGAGUUAUACCUUCCAGUACUACCGUUUCGGACACAAGGGAAGUUGAUGUUCCCGUUAUGUAAGACAUGUGCUGAAACGUUGCAGCAAUCGCCGUGCACUCAUACUGAGGACGAAAGAGCCUUGGUUGGCACAUGGGUCACUGAAGAGGUGAAACUGGCUGUCAGGAAGGGCUACCGAGUGACACAUAUCUACGAGGUGUACGAUUUCAAAAAGAAGUCAGAUUCUCUUUUUAGGUCUUACAUUGACCUCUUUUUGAAAAUAAAACAAGAGAGCAGCGGUUGGCCCGCGGAAUGUGUAACCGAUCUAGACAAAGCAGAAUAUAUUUCACAGUACAGGCAAAGGGAAGGAAUAUCAUUAGAUGCAGCCAGUAUUGAGAAAAACCCUGGUCGUCGACAAGUUGCCAAAUUGGCACUUAACAGUUUCUGGGGACGGUAA